CUCGCCGCGUCGCUCAGUCCUCCCGCUUCCUUUCCUUCUCACACUCCUCCUUCCUUCCUUCCUUCCUUCCGCCGGGAGUGAUGGAGCCGGGGCGCCGGGCGGCCGCGGCGCUGCUGGCGCUGCUGUGCGCUGGCUGCGCGCUGCGCUCAGGGCGCGCCCAGUACGAGCGCUACAGCUUCCGCAGCUUCCCUCGGGACGAGCUGAUGCCGCUCGAGUCGGCCUACCGGCACGCACUGGACCAAUACAGCGGCGAGCACUGGGCGGAGAGCGUGGGCUAUCUGGAGAUCAGCCUGCGGCUGCACCGCCUGCUACGCGACAGCGAGGCCUUCUGCCACCGCAACUGCAGCGCGGCGCCGCAGCCCGAGCCCGCCGCCGGCCUCGCGCGCCACCCGGAGCUGCGCCUCUUCGGGGGACUGCUGCGCCGCGCGCACUGCCUCAAGCGCUGCAAGCAGGGCCUACCGGCCUUCCGCCAGUCGCAGCCCAGCCGCGAAGUGCUGGCCGACUUCCAGCGCCGAGAGCCCUACAAGUUCCUGCAGUUCGCCUACUUCAAGGCAAAUAAUCUUCCAAAAGCCAUUGCAGCUGCUCACACCUUUCUACUGAAGCAUCCUGAUGAUGAAAUGAUGAAGAGAAACAUGGCUUAUUACAAGAGCCUGCCCGAUGCCGAGGACUAUAUUAAAGACUUGGAAACCAAGUUGUAUGAGAGCCUGUUCAUCCGAGCCGUGCGGGGGUACAACGGUGAGAACUGGAGGACAUGCAUCACGGACAUGGAGCUGGCCCUUCCUGACUUCUUCAAGGCCUUUUAUGAGUGUCUCGCUGCCUGCGAGGGCUCCCGGGAGAUCAAGGACUUCAAGGAUUUCUAUCUUUCCAUAGCAGAUCAUUAUGUGGAAGUUCUGGAAUGCAAAAUACAGUGUGAAGAGAACCUCACCCCAGUUAUAGGAGGAUAUCCAGUCGAGAAAUUUGUGGCUACCAUGUAUCAUUAUUUGCAGUUUGCUUAUUAUAAAUUGAAUGACUUGAAGAACGCAGCCCCCUGUGCGGUCAGCUACCUGCUCUUUGACCAGGACGAUAAAGUCAUGCAGCAGAACCUGGCGUAUUAUCAGUACCACAGGGACAAGUGGGGGCUCUUGGAGGAGCAUUUCCAGCCCAGACCAGAAGCAGUUCAGUUCUUUAACGUGACGACACUCCAGAAAGAGCUGCAUGACUUUGCUAAGGAAAACAUAAUGGAUGAUGAUGAGGGAGAGGUUGUGGAGUAUGUGGAUGACCUCUUGGAGCUGGAGGAGACCAGCUAGCCCCCAGCAGCCAGAGGACUUCCUCUCGAUGUUCAGGAAACACAGAUUCUUUGUCUUCCUUUUCCUAAUAGUACAAGUUGUUGAUACCUCAGAGCCUUCUCUUUACUCUGUGAAAUGAAAGGGAAGCCCCCAUCUCUCACUACAGCUAACCAGGGGUGAGCCUGCCUUCCACGUGUCCACACCUGACCCCCAUCUUCACACCUGCCCCCCUUUACACCUGCCUCCCCUUCACACCUGCCUCCCCAUCUUCACACCUGCCCCCCCACACUUGCCCCCCUUCACACCUGCCCCCUUCACACCUGCUUCCCAUCUUCACACCUGCCCCCCCUUCACACCUGCCCCCCUUCACACCUGUCUCCCCAUCUUCACACCUGCCGUCUCCAUUUUUAUACCUGCCUUCUCACCAUUUUGGUUAGAAGGACAGUUUUCCAUGGAUAGUUUUUUUCUUUUCCCAGAAAAUCAGUAUUAUUUUUUAAAUAAGAAAAACACUCCUAAAAGGUGGUAAUUAUAAAAACCUACUCUAGCCUUUCUGCUUUUCCACAUUUUGGUUUUGUUUCUCCCCAUGCCCUGAUCCAGCAAAGAUGGUGAGGACAAAGGCUAAACUUUUCCUCAUGAUGGUCUGUACACGGUCUGACCUGCAUUUUUUCUGGCGCCCAUUGAAAAAGAAGUUGGGUAAACAGGGUCGAUUACAGAAAUGUGGCUUUUGCCCAACACUUUCACAUGUCCAAAGUCUUACAAUGGUUGGUAGAUCCCAUCUGAGGACACUGCUCAGCCGUUAGUCUCAGAGUUGGGAAUGGAAGGAAGCAGAGGGAAGCUAGUUUCAUUCACUCUUUCAACAAAUAUUUACUGAGCACCUACUACGUGCUAGGCUUUGACCUGGGCACUGGAGAUACUGCACAGAAAAACAGAAAAAAAAAGUCCCUGCCCUCAUGGAGCCUACAUUCUUCAGGGAAAGACAACAGAUAAACAAAAAUAAAUAUGUACAAGGCAUCAGAGGGUGAUCAUUGCUAUGGAGAAAAAUUAAGCAGGGAAGGGGGUAAGGAGGCCUGGAGACGAGGCUGCAGUUUUUGUUUUGUUUUUUGAAUUUUUUGGCCGCGGCGCAUGUGGGAUCAUAGUUCCCCGACCAGGGAUCAAACCCGGGCCCCCUGCAGUGGAAGCAUGGAGUCUUAACCACUGGACCGCCAGGGAAGUUCCAAGGCUGCAGUUUUAAAUAGAGUGGUCAGGGAAAGCCUCAGCAAGGUGACAGCAGAGCAGAGACCUAGGGAAGUGGGUCUCAGAGCAGAGCAUUCCAGGCCAGAGGGGGCCGCGUGUGCAGUGCCCGACAGUGGGGAUGUGCUUGUGUGGUCCAGGGACAGUAAGGAGGCCCGGGGGAGGCGUGGGCCAGGGGCAGAAUGGAAGGAGGUGAGGAUAAAUGUGUGGGUGGGAGGGUGGGAGGCUCAGCCUUGCCAGCCAGUGUAAGGCCACUGGCUUCUGCCCUGAGCGGGGUGGGAGCUGUGGAGCAGAGUGGAGCCUGGGCUGACUUGCGUUUUACGGGGAGCACGCCAGCUGCCAUCCCGUGAGAAACCUGGAAGCGAGCAAUGGUAGAAGCAGGAAUACCAGUUAGGGGAUGGCUGCAAAAAUCCAGGCAAGGGGGAUGCGGGCUCGGCCCCGGGCGGUAGCAGGAGAGACAUGGUGAGGAGUGGUCAGAUUGCGGAUUUUUUUUGAAAGCAGGGCCAAUAGAAUUUGCUAACAGAUUGGCCGUAGAGCAUAGAGGAAAAAAGAGAGAGGCUCAAGGUGACCUCGAGGUUUUGGGCCAGAAGCAUGGAAAGGAUGGAGUUGCCGUUUCCUGAGAUGGGAAAGAUGGCUGGGUGGGUAAGUAAGGCAUUCAGUGCCAAGCAGCUGUCUGAGGCUGGGAUGCCAGGUUCAGGCUGCAAAUAAAAUUGGAGGGGCUUCCCUGAUGGCGCAGUGGUUGAGAGUCCGCCUGCCGAUGCAGGGGACAUGGGUUCGUGCCCCGGUCUGGGAGGAUCCCAUAUGCCGCUGAGCGGCUGGGCCCGUGAGCCAUGGCCGCUGAGCCUGCGCGUCCGGAGCCUGUGCUCCACAGCGGGAGAGGUCACAACAGUGAGAGGCCCACGUACUGCAAAAAAAAAAAAAAAAAAAUUGGAGCAUUUUCUGAGGUGAGGUCAUUAGCAGAGCCUAAGUCAGGGAUCCAGUGGGGAGUGGGUCCCAGGGCGGGACUGCAAGGCAGGCAGGGCCCGUGCUUGGGUGCCCUGCCCCAGGACCCCAUCAGUGGAGGCUCUGGACCCGCACACACUUGAGCCUCCUUGAAGCUCCAGGCUGUGGCUCUUCCCGGCUGUACGAGGACAUGCAAGGAGGCCUGACUGUCCACCUCUCUGUGCCCACAGAGCUCCCCUCUGGUCCUCCUCCUCGGAGCCCGGGUGAGCUUUCUGUGGGUGAGGGUGUUCCCCACAGGGUUGCCUGGUGGUAGCCAGGUUGCCUCCUCCACUGUCUGAGGUUGGCCUCUUUUCACUGGGGACUGAAAGCGCCUCCACCCCCAUCCUAGCGGUGUCCCCUGGGAAAGAAACCCUGGGGACAGUAGGAUCAACACUGUCAGCACUUUGCUUUGCUUGAAGGCUGUGGAACCAAAUUACUAAGUUUUUACUUCGAAAGAAGCCAAACCAAUUAAAUGAAAAAAAACAAAACAAAAAGUGGGGUGAUUCUUCCAAACCCACCAUGAAUAAACCCCAGCUCGCAGGCUGCAUUCAGCGACCUCAGCCCAGUACCUCCCUGAGCGGGUUUUCUUGGAAGCACCUAGAAGAAUCCUGGAUUGAGACCUCGUGGGCUCAGCAUUAGUCUGGCCUGUCUUUUGAACAAAACAAAACAAAACAAAACACAUUUCUAAGCUUUGUGGGAGUUUCCAGACCGAGACUAGGAUGCCUUGCUUGUCCUCUGACCCACCUGCACGCAGCCCCACGGGUACUGUUAGGUUUCCACCCAGGGAAGCUGCCCACCAUGGGGCAGGGGGUUCUCUCCAGCCCCAAUGCCUCUCAGGCAGCCCAGGCAGGGGCCUACACUGGGGAGGGUCUAAAGGCACCCCCUCCACCUCUGUUAAUGUUCACACUUUACCUUAGCAGGAAAGGGUUGGGGGCAGGUUUGUGUGUACAUAAAGAUUUAAAAGCAACUAAUGGA